UCGCGCCUCGCUAAGUUGCAGACAUAAUCGGAGACAGGAAGCAGAAGGUUCUCGGUGGAGGAGGAUUUUUUAUUUUUUACUUUUUUCCUCAAUUUUUUUCCCCCGUUUUCCCUUCGAUAUGACGAGCGGAACUCACUCUUGAUGCCGAGGAGGACCGUGAAUUCCACCGUGGACUAAUUCCGGGCUGAGUGCAUGGCUUAAAGAGCGAGUUGUGUGUAGUUCGACAUGAGGGAGGCGACGGACGCUGUUUUCUCCCUCGUUGUCCAAGAACAGCAGCAGCAGCAGCAACAGCAGCAGGAGGAGGAGGACAAGAUGGCAGCUUCUAGCGAGAGAUCACAGGCUGCUGAAGGGGAACACUAAAGCCCGGACAUGUCUCUGGCGUCCCGCUCCAGUCGCUGGCUGUGAAGGUAUGGCCUUACAGGUUUUGGUCUGCCCACCGUAUGCGCAUCAGCCCCAGACAAGUGCCUUUAGCAGCGAGAGGACAGUGGAGGCCAGCACCUGUGUGUACCAUGAGAAGCCUCCUCGCACCUACGUGGUCGGCGUGAACCUAGGCAUCGCGCGUCCGACCAACAUCUCCGCCCGCCCGUCUUUAAAGACAAAAGCGCAGGAGGGAGCGGGAUUUUCAUUACAGACUGUGGCUCCUGGAGAGCCUCGCAGAGGGAAUCUUUCCUCCUACAGGUGUGUAGGAGCUGGAGGAGAGGAGGACGAGGGUGAGGAAGGGGAAAACGAGAGCAGAGGGACGUUUGACGGAUGUGGGUUUGAACGCAAAAAAGGCAAGGAGCAGAGCAGGUGCGUGAGGACCAUGCAGAUCGUUGAGGAGCAUCCUGCGCUGCCGGCCAUGAUGCAGAGCAACGUGAGCACCACGGUGCCCUCCAAUCAGAAUGUUGCCGGCACAGGGGGCGGGACAAACGAUGGGGACUACCAGCUGGUGCAGCACGAGGUUCUGUGUUCUAUGAAGCAGACGUACGAGGUGCUGGAGUUCCUGGGUCGCGGGACGUUCGGCCAGGUCGUGAAGUGCUGGAAGCGAGGCACCAACGAGGUCGUGGCCGUGAAGAUCUUGAAGAAGCAUCCGUCGUACGCGCGCCAGGGUCAGAUCGAGGUGGGCAUCCUGGCGCGCCUGAGCAGCGAGAACGCCGACGAGCACAACCUGGUGCGCGCCUUCGAGUGCUUCCAGCACCGCAACCACACGUGCCUGGUGUUCGAGAUGCUCGAGCAGAACCUAUACGACUUCCUGAAGCAGAACAAGUUCAGCCCGCUGCCGCUGAAGGUGAUGCGCACCGUGCUGCAGCAGGUGGCCACCGCGCUCCGCAAGCUCAAGAGCCUCGGCCUGAUUCAUGCCGACCUCAAACCGGAGAACAUCAUGCUGGUGGAUCCUCGCAGGCAACCGUACCGCGUCAAGGUCAUCGACUUUGGCUCGGCCAGCCACGUCUCCAAGGCUGUGUGCUCCACCUACCUGCAGUCACGCUACUACAGGGCUCCAGAGAUCAUCCUGGGUCUGCCCUUUUGUGAGGCCAUAGACAUGUGGUCACUGGGCUGCGUCAUUGCUGAGCUGUUUCUCGGCUGGCCGCUUUACCCCGGAGCUCUGGAAUAUGACCAGAUUCGCUACAUUUCUCAAACGCAAGGGCUGCCCGGUGAGCACCUGUUAAACGUGGGGACGAAAACGUCUCGCUUCUUCUGCAAGGAGUCAGAUUCACCGUACGCAGCCUGGAGGCUGAAGACGACAGAGGAGCACGAGGCGGAGACUGGAAUGAAAUCGAAGGAGGCCAGGAAGUACAUCUUCAGCUCUCUGGAUGACAUCGGCCAUGUAAACCUGGUGUUGAAUAUGGACGGCUGCGAUCAGCUGGCGGAGAAAUCGGACAGGCGAGAGUUUGUGGAUCUGCUCAAGAUGAUGUUGCUGAUCGACGCUGACCAGCGCAUCAGCCCUUCGGAUGUUCUCAACCAUCCUUUCGUUACUAUGCAGCACUUACUGGACUUUCCACACAGUAACCACGUUCAGUCGUGUUUUCACAUCAUGGACGUGUGCCACUCGAGGACCGGCACCUACGAUGUGGUGAACCGCAACAAAGCCCCGCCCCCUCUCAUGAAACCAGUCACGCUACCCAGCGGCCCAAACAUCGCAAUCUUCAACAAAAUGCCUUCAAUGCACUCACAGGGUCUGGCUGCACCUGCGCCACCUGUGGUACAUCCUGGCAUUCCUCUGCAGACAGGAAGUGCGCAGUUUGGCUGCACCGAUUCAUUUCAGCAAACGCUCAUCCUUUGCCCGCCGGCCAUUCAAGGAAUCGGCACCAACCCAAACCAGCCUUCAGGAUAUUCGGUGCGGAUGGAUAAUACACUGCCAUUGGUCACCCAAGCUCCAGCCAUCCAGCCUUUACCUCUCCGACCGGGAGUCAUAGCACAGCAGCCGUGGUCCAAUAGAACGCCACAGAUCCUGGUACCAGCAUGGCAGCAGGUGCCUCCUCCCCCCACCACGCUGCCCUCGGACACAGUCUCAUGCCCUCAGAGGAGAGGGGACUGGGGGAAAAUGCGUUCACACACCAGCCAUUAUGGUUCCAUGUUGCCGCAGCCACUCGUGCCCAAUCAAAUGGCCGUAUCUGCGCACCAGCCCAUGAACAUAGGCAUUGCUCAUGUGGUGUGGCCUCAGACUACAGCCAACAAGAGCAUCAAGCCCAGUCAGAACAGGAGUGUGAAUAUGUCGCACUACACAGAAAAACAUAAUUCAGUGUGCCUCUCGCCAAAAACUCAAAGACAAGACGUCCAACGAAACCCAGAGGCGGGGCUUAGAGACAGGGAGGUGGGUUCACAGCCCAAGAAGGAGCCAAACCACAUAGAAGAGGCGGAGGAAGAGAGCUGCUGUAAGACAAAAGAGCAGUGCUCUGACGAGCAGCUAUCAGCGGCCAAUCAGCAACGAGAAUCGGUCGUUAUUGGUGAAUCGCCAAGCCCCGUGGUCAGCGUCAUUAGCAUUAGCAGCGAUACAGACGAGGAGGAGAGAGAUAAAGACCAACAGAGGUGUUCCUCUAACAAAUGUACGGGCAGUUCAGCUUGUGAGACGUGUAAAGGCUCUUUGAACAUGGAGCGUGUGUGUUCACUCAGCAGCCCAGACAGCAGCCUGAGCACAAGCUCCUCAGCCUCUGCUCAGUCAAGUCCCUCACCCUGCAAGAGACCCAACAGCAUGUCUGAGGAUGACAGUCAUGAGAGCGGCUGCGACACGGUGGACGGCUCUCCGGCAUCAGACACGCACAGUAGCCCGUUUGCCGAAAGACGCUUUUUGAACACGAAUCAGAAACGGGAAUCCGAAAUGCGCCGGAGCAACACUCACACAGGGACGCAGAUUAAACCGGCUGUCAGGACAGUGGUGGUGCCGCCGCUCAGAGUGAUCAACAACAUUAACAACCAGCACUAUCACGGCAACACGGUGUUCGAUUCAUCGUGCCAGUUGCGAGGACGGUGCGCUCCCGGCCGGUUGAGUCUGCACUCCGCUCAGAGUUUACCCCGCCAGCACAAGAUCACCUCCACAUUCCAACAACAGCCACCUGUGGGCUUUGGCCAGGUCCAGCACUACAGCUCCUGUCACAACGAGUGGAACGGCAACUACACCCAACCUCGCCGUCCGCAGGCCUUCAUCCCUCCCAUGGUGCACGGCCACACCUUUCCUCACGCCAGCCCCACCCAUUCUGCACAAGCUCCCCCACCAGCCCCUCCUCCCGCCCUGCUCUCCUACCCUCCUUCCGCCCCUGUCGCCCACCUGCUGCCCUCGCCACGGCCCGUGCUGCAACCCGCCUACAGUCUGGUGCCUCAGGGCAUCAGCAUGGGCAUCGAUCCACGCCUGCUGCCCUCACCCACUCUGCACCCACCGGCCGCCUUCAAAGCCCUGUUCACGCCGCACUCAAAGUACCAGGAUCGAUUUGCUAUAGGAAAGAUUUCAGAGGGGUUCAGCGAUCACUGUUCGUUCACGUCGUCCUUCUCGUUUUUCAGCACACGGGAGGAUCCUUUCCUAAUUCAUGGUUUGAUUUUGAUCACUGGUGUGGAUGGUGUUUUUUUUUUUUAAAUUGUACGACACGUUUUUUCGCCGUAGCAGGCGUUUUUCACCGAAACGAACUAUGUACAGUCUUGAUUUCGAUUUUCCUAUUUGAUAAUCAGUUGUGACUCUUAAUACUUACAGUAUUUACACUGUUUAACCCAACUGCAAUACAAUCCAUAGUUUCUUGGAGUGUGUGUUUUUUUUUUUUUUUUUUUUUAUUUACCAUCUAAUUUUUUUUUUUUUUUUAGAUUCAGAUGAUUUCUGGUAUUGGCAUUAACCUGCAGAUAGCUCUUUAAAUCAUUGACGUGGUUUUCUGGUAGUUUGUGCAGAGAUUUCAGUAUUUAACGUUGUCGAUCUUUUCAUUUUCGGAGUAUUUAGUGCUUUCUACGCGCGUUUCAGCUCGUCCACGCCGUCCCGUCUGGCUUUUCAGUGCUGGUUGUUAAAUAAUUUAAUACAUUCCGUCAGGGAGAAAUACAUUUUCUGUCUGUGUGUGUGUGUGUGUGUGUGUGUGUGUGUGUGUGUGUGUGUGUGUGUGUGUGUGUGUGUGUGUGUGUGUGUGUGUGUGUGUUUAUUCAGAAUAUAUAUUUUUUCCCUUUGCCAUCACUAUAUUCAAAAUGCUUUCGCUACACCAAAGACAGUAAUUGAUUUCUUAAGCGAUGUAGCUACUGUUCUAGCCUAGACCUCAGAUAUUACUCUAGAUGGGGGAUGUAUUAAACAAAAAAAAUGACACAUGUACUCUGUGUUAAAGGUUGAGGUUGUUUAGCUGUUUAGGUUUUUUUUUUUUUUUGGCAAGUUUAAUGAUUUCAUUUAUCCUUGAAUGUACCAUAGAUAAGCUGCUAUUCACUGAUCGCCACUUCGUCAUAGCUGUGAGGGUAAAGUGAUUAACUUUGUUCUUAGCUUUCUUUUAUAUAUAUAUAUAAUUUUUUUUUUGUGUACGUGUCUCGACGACCUUAAGAUAGACGUGAGGUUUUUCUUUCGGUUUUACUCUACUGAGCGACAUCGAACCCGUUUUAACGCCUAUGUAUAUUUUGCUUUUCUGUUUGAAGUGUCAUUGUAACUACUGUAUUGCGAUUGAUGAAAAGAAUUUUGGGUUUGUUUUGUGUUUUUCGGGUGUGUGAAUUUUUUUCUUCUGUUUGAUUUUCUCUCUCAAUCCUUUUGCUCAUAUCCGUGUAUUAUCCGUUGUGUUAAUGGAAAUCUUGGGGCUCGUCAUUGCCUUUGAGCUGCAUAUUGGUGUAUAUCAGAGUACGUAUAGAUAUAUCUAUAUAUAUAUAUAUAUAUAUAUAUUGCAGGAUAGAUUUGAUUAGAUUUUUUGUUUGCCGUUGUUUUUUGAAUCGAUUUGACACAGAGGAAAAAAAACCGUAGCCGCUACGAGAUCGUACGUUAUUCCGGUUUGUCGCUCGCACAGAGGCGUGUUGCUCGUUUCUAACUGAACGCAGCGCUUAUCGCUAAUCAGCGUGGUAUUUCAGAAAUCUUGUGCGUUUACUUUCGAUUCGAUCUCAACAAGUCCACGUUUUAUAGAUGCAGCCUGACGUACUUAUUCGACUCACACGAUCGAUUUCCGGAUGCAUGGUUAGUCCCGGCGGCGGGUUUAUUUUUUUCCUUCAGCUCGUGGUGUUGGUGUGAAAACUCUCACACGCGUAUUCUGAACUAAACUAGUGCCUUUUCAGAUGUGCUUCAAACCUUUAUGUCCAGAGCGACCCAGAUCUCUUCUCGCUUGCGAGGUCAAAGUGUUGCAUCUUGUCUUGCGUGUGUUCUUCUCUUCUUUGGACCUCUUAGUGUUGAAAAAAUUAGUUAUGCACUGGUUUCCAGUAGUGUGUGUGUGUGUGUGUGUGUGUGGUUUCAUUGCUAUAGUUUUGUCUCCGAUAUCGUUCAUGUCACCUGGAAGUCACAUGUCAAACAUGCAAUGCAGUGACGUCUUCAUGUGAGAUUUUCAAUUUUAAAUCCGUACAUUUCAUUUGAUUUGUUUGCUUUUUUUUUUGUGGCUAAUAUCCAACAACAGAAAUCCAAUAAUGAAAUGCUAUCAGGGAUCAUUACUGUUCCGCUGAUGUAGUCCUCGCUCCUGUAUUGAAGCUUUACAUAAGUACACUGUGAUUGUAACAAGCUUUUGAAUAAGCAUCAUCCUGCUAGUUUACCACCUCGGUCUAACAGCUAUUCUUUUUUUUUUUUUUUAUUGUUUUGUAAAUCAGACACACUCUCUCUCUCUCUCUCUCUCUCUCUCUCUCUCUCUCUUUCUCUCUCCAGAAUAGGACACCACGUUCAUACGGACGUGCACGUGAUUUUUGCUUUAACAAUUUGGUCCCAAAAAAAUUUUCUAAAAAGAGUAUGAUUGUGCAUUAACCUCAUAAUCUGACGCUUUUUUUGUUUUAGGGUUUGUGUUUUUGGUUUGGACGAGAUUUACCAAAAAUUAAGAGUUAAAAUUAAAAUCAAGAGUGUGGCAGUCUGGGAAAAACCGUUCACCCGAUUGUAAUUUCGAUAUUCAAAACUUAAUAUGAAGUGAAAAUUUGUGUUAGUUUUUUUUUUUUUCUUUCUUUUUAAUAUGAAGCGAAAACAUGUUGCGCCUACCUCAACACUUCUAGAAAUCUGCUGAUCGGUAAACAACGCUACUGCCAAAUUUGAGUGAAUUGUAACGUUUACAACAGGAAAUGAGUUCUCACUUUGAUUACCAGCAUCCACAUGUUAAUCCACAUGUCCAUCCACAUGUCCAUCCUCAUGUCCAUCCUCAUCAUCAUCUUUAUCCACUUACAAAAAUGGAAAAGCAGAAUUUCGAUUCGAUUUCGGUAGCAACGUUUGACUGAUUUUCCCAGACUGCUUUCCACACACAUCCUACAUCCACCAAACACUUUUAAUCACGUUUAAACUACUAAACUCCCAUCAAUACCAAACAGUUGUAAUUGGCUUUGGUUUAUUUUACUGUUCUUUUUUUUCCAUGGAUGAUUUUUUGUGUGUGUACAGAUAUUCAGGGUCUUGUUAUUCGUCACAUGUGCUACUGUAUAUCAGUUUGUGUGUCCUAAUGUUUGGGUUUGACUGCUUUAUAGCUAUUAACCUUCUUUGUAUUUUCUUCCUGCACAUUAUAUUUGAGUAGAAGUUUAAUCUCGCUGCAAGAUAUCAGAGAAUAGAUUUAGACUUCAGAGUAAGUGGACUUGAUUUAUUAAAUUUUGAACUGUUACUGUUUUAAAACAUGUAGUUUUGUGGCUUUUUAAUGCAUGUUUUUUUUUUUUUGUUGUUUUGCUUUCGAGUUAUUUUUACGCUACAUUAGUUUGCCAUGUAGCCAUUGCACUGUGCAAUAUUCAGUAUAUGAGGACUGGGAACUUUUUUUUUUCUUUUUAAUUGUGUAAUGUCUCUCACAGUUUUCGGUCGUUAUUUCUCUGGUUCUCAGUGAUUUCUAUGUGACCAAGCCUUAUGUACUUUGUCACAAAAAGCGGGUUUUCCUGGUGACUAUUUGGUGUGUCAAAUUAAAGAAAUUAUGGUGUAUUGUCAAAAUUUACUUUGAAUUAAAAUAUAUAUUGCUGCAGGCAAA